GGGCGGAAGCGGAAGCGCGUGUGCGCGCGCCCUCAUUUCCGCCGGGCGGGCGCGCGGGUUGAUUCGCUGAGCGCGGGGACUCGGACAUGGCGGGACUUACUGCUAUGGAGAAGAAGCUGGCUGAAUACAAGUGUAAUACAAAUGAAGCAAUUCAGCUGAAGCUAGUUCGUUUUCCUGAGGAUUUGGAGGAUGAUAACACAACAUUUAAUCCAGAGUACAGCCAUCAAGUGUUUGGAGAUGAUGAAGUUGCUUUUGGCUACAAGGGACUCAAGAUCCUCCUGUAUUACAUUGCUGGAAACCUGUCAACGCUCUUCCGCAUUGAAUACACAUCAAAAGUAAAUGAGAAGUUUGACUGUGUGGAGGCAGAUGAUGUUGAAAGUAAAAUUAGAGAAAUCAUUCCGCCUGGUUUUUGCACAAAUACAGAUGACUUUGUGUCUCUGCUGGAGAAGGAGGUCAACUUCAAGCCCUUUGGAAUGCUGUUGCACACGUAUUCUGUCCAUGAGGAAGCUGGUGAAGAUAUAACAUAUCAGAUAUACAAGGCUGACAUGACAUGUCCAGGCUUUCGAGAAUACCAUGAAAGGCUUCAGACGUUCUUGAUGUGGUUUAUUGAAACUGCUAGCUUUAUUGAUGUAGAUGAUGAAAGAUGGAACUACUUUCUAGUAUUUGAGAAGUAUAAUAAGGAUGGAGCUACGCUCUUUGCGACCGUAGGCUACAUGACAGUCUAUAAUUACUAUGUGUACCCAGACAAAACCCGGCCACGUGUAAGCCAGAUGCUGAUCUUGCCACCAUUCCAAGGAGAAGGCCAUGGUGCUCAGCUGCUUGAAACAGUUCAUAGAUACUAUAUGUCUUCUCCUACUGUACUUGAUAUAACAGCUGAAGAUCCAUCUGAGAACUAUGUGAAGCUUAGAGACUUUGUUCUUGUAAAGCUCUGUCAAGAUUUGCUUUGCUUUUCCCCAGUAAAGUUAAUGCAAGGUUUCAGUCAAGAAAUGGUGACAGAAGCUCAACAAAAAUUGAAAAUAAAUAAGCAACACACAAGACGGGUUUAUGAAAUUCUCCGAUUGCGUGCAACAAACAUGGGUGAUGCAGAACAGUCCAGAAGCUAUCGGUUGGAUGUUAAAAGAAGACUGAUUGGGCCCUAUAAGAAAAAACAGAGGGAACUUGCCAAGAUGAGAAGGUGUCUAAGACCAGAGGAGAUGACUAAUCAGUUGAACCAAAUAGACCUAAACUUGCAACGUGAACAGUUAGAAGAGAGCUUCCAACAGCUUGUUUCAGAUUACCGAAGAGUCCUAGAACGACUUGCACAAGCAUGAGGAUCCUACCUGUACAGGAAACUUGCAGAUAUCUAUACAGUGUUGUAAAGCACAUCCUCAAUUGCCACUUAACUGCAAAAAAUCCCAUGUGACGUUUUAAUCACAUUAAAGGUGACUUGUGUUUCUGUGCAUUUGAAUAUUUUCUAUUUUUGUGUUGUAGAUUUUAAAAUGUAGGGGUUUGGGGGCACUUCUUGGUGAAAUAAACAAUGUAGAUUCUCAGAUACAGUGUUACUUCAAUUGUAUGAAUUUUCUUUUACCCUUUUGUUUUGAUCAAGACUUAAUAGAUACUUGAAUAGAAAGUUAAUAUAUAAGUCUAAGCAAUCUCAAAUUUCUCCUAACGUGAUUCUCCUCGGGCUGUUCUCUGUGGAUCUUAUUGUAUGGUGUAAGGCCUGUGCAGGUUUAAUGUCAUGAGCAGGUUACAAGAUUGGUCUGUGGUCUCUCAGGUGUUUCCCCUGUGCUGACUCUUUACCCUAUGCUAAAUGUGCAUCCUGCUGCUGGAAGUGAACAGACCCGUUCUGUUUAAGCCUCUAAAGUGCCUCAAGCACAUUCUUUUUUCAAACCCCCAAGUUUUCAGGUUCAUAAUUUUCAGGAAGAUACCUCAGCUGGGGAACCAGCCAAGACUUUGUGAGGACUCCAAAAGCAUUUCUAGUAGUGAAAGAAACAUAAAUCUGUAAGAAGCAAGUGCCUUUAUAUAGUUCCUUGAUUCUGUUCUGCUAUGCAUUACUUCUCAGACCUGAGGUUAGUUCUUAAAUAUCCUGUCUGUCCUCCCUCAAAGGAAUAAAUUGUUAUCUUUUCUGGUAGUUCAGACUUCAGAGGAUUUAAUCUGAAUAAGGAUUAUUGAAAUUGAUUGAUGUUUGAUGGUCCUAAUGGGAUUCAGGUCCAGCUUUCAAAACUGGAGCUUGUACGUUGUGAUGUGAUGUGGAGGAAGUGAAAUCUUUUAAAUAUUUAAAACAUUAAAUAUUUUCAAUAUUAAU